CCUUGGUCCCUAGCCCGUUGUGGGUGAUGGUGCUACCCUAAGGCCUUUUCCUCAGGCCCAGUGGUUUGCGCGGCCCUGUGAGGUUAUGUUAACAACAAAUUUCAGAAAAUGAGCCAAGGUAAUGACAAUGUUUAGAAGAUUAUCCCAUGGAAGAGAGUGUUUGAAGAGAAGUGUAAGCUUAUAAAGAAUGGAAGAAUAUAAAGUGUUGAAAGUACUGGGAGAGGGGUCCUUUGGCAGAGCUCUCCUAGUUCAUCACAGAGACAGUGACCAGAAGUAUGCAAUGAAGGAAAUAAGACUUCCAAUGUCUCCAUCUGAUCUAGAGAACUCUAGGAAGGAAGCAGUUCUUUUGGCUAAAAUGAAACAUCCAAAUAUUGUGGCCUAUAAAGAUUCAUUUGAAGCUGAUGGACAUCUCUAUAUAGUGAUGGAAUAUUGUGAUGAUGGAGAUCUAAUGCAAAAGAUUAAACACCAAAGAGGAAAGUUGUUCCCUGAAGAUACGAUCCUUCAUUGGUUUGUGCAGAUGUGUCUGGGUGUGAAGCACAUUCAUGAUAAACGUGUGUUGCACAGGGAUAUCAAAUCCAAGAACGUGUUCCUCACUCAAAAUGGAAAAGUCAAAUUGGGAGAUUUUGGAUCUGCACGCCUUAUUGCACAUCCAUUGUCGUAUGCUUGCACCUAUGUGGGAACUCCUUAUUACGUACCUCCAGAAAUAUGGGAAAGCAUGCCAUACAACAACAAAAGUGAUAUAUGGUCUCUGGGAUGUAUUCUGUAUGAGCUGUGCACUCUUAGACAUCCAUUUCAAGCCAACAGCUGGAAACAUCUCAUCCUUAAGAUAUGCCAAGGGUCCUACAAUCCACUGCCAUCUCACUAUUCCUAUGAACUUCACUACCUAAUAAAACAGAUGUUUAAGAGAAAUCCCAAGAAUCGCCCAUCAGCCAGUACUAUUCUUUCAAGAGGCUGCUUAACCAAACUUAUCAAAAAUUGUUUGCCUCCUGAGACGACAAAUGAGUUUGAACAGGCAUUGAGGGAAACUCAGAAACAUGAAGGCAACGCAGCAAGAUCAAAAGGUAGUGUCAUGGCUGGUGGAAACUCAAAAUAUAAGAGAGAAAAUAGGCAAAGUAAGGAUGAAAGUAAGCAUAGCCCCUUAGAAAGGAAAAAUAUUGCUAAGGAUUUGAGUGAAAGCACAGAAGAAGAAAGGAAAUCUGAGGUAGAAACUGCUGAUGUCCUCCCAGGAAUCACUGAUUUGUCACAUCCCCAUAGGAGGCAGUGGGAAAAGAAGACACCCAAUACUGUGGUGGAUGUCCUGGAAAAUGCAUCUUUGCUUUCGUUCAGUUUUACACCCGAAGAGGCUAAAAGUGGCUGUGUUAUAAACUACAGUGAAAAUAAGCCACGUAAGCAGUGGAACAAAGAAACUCCUCAGACCCUGAUGAACAUUCUCAGCAACGCAGAUGUCAGCUUAGCAUUUAAAACAUACACAAUCUAUAAACCAGCUUCUGAAAAUAUGUGUAGAGGUCCACUCUAUGAUGAAACGGAAGCGCCUGAUGAAGUAGAUGGUGAACGUGAAACUGUUGCUAUAGACCCUGAGAGACUUGAGCCUAGAUCUGAUGAAGAUGACACGGACUUCGAGGAAGAUGACCCAGACUGGGUGUCGGAAAUUAAAACGGUACUGAAACACAGUGACUGAAAACUUGAAUUUGCCUACAGGAACUGAAG